AUGGCCGGGCUGAAAGAAGGGGACCAAUUUCCUCCGGAUGUUGUCUUCUCCUACAUCCCAUAUACCCCCGAAAGCGCGGACAUCACCAGUUGUGGAAUCCCACAAAACUACAAUGCGUCCAAAGAAUGGGCAGACAAAAAGGUAGUCCUCUUCGCCGUGCCCGGCGCUUUUACUCCGGGUUGCAGCGUGAGGCACCUUCCCGGUUACAUUGACGCCCUUCAAGAUAUCAAGGGAAAGAAGGUGGAUAUAGUGGCCGUUUUGGCGUAUAACGACGCUUUUGUUAUGAGCGCCUGGGGGAAGGCAAAUGGCAUCAAGGAUGAGAUUGUGAGUCCCCAUCUCUUUUCCAUAUAUUUGGAUUGGAAUCUUUCUCGGAAGAGGAUGGGCCAAAGUCCGUGCUUGAGAAUGAGACAGGAGGAGAGACAGGGCUACCGUCACGAGCCCACGACAGCAUGUGAUGACUUUUUGCGGUGUCCGAAGAUCACCUUCACUAAUCGUUUCCGCGUGCAAGCUAUUCCUCUCCGACCCGGAAACCAAAUUCUCGAAAUCCAUCGGCUGGACCCUUGGUGA